AUAAAAAAUUAAAUAUAAGAUUAAAUGUUAUAUUUAAUUAGAUUAUUUUUAGAGUAGAGAAAUCAAAAAAAAAAUACUCUCAAGAAGAUGCUCUUAUUUCUUAUCGGCGUAUGUUCUGAUACAAACAAGACAUAUGAAAUGUUAUUAAAUCGAGGAUGGAGACGUUCUGGCCAUUAUAUAUAUAAACCAAAUAGUAAACGAUCAUGCUGUAAAUUGUAUACAAUUAGACUGGAUGCACAAAAAUUUAAACCGAAUAAAAAUCAGCGAAGAGCAGUUAAACGAUUGUAUGAAUAUAUUUGGGAUAAAACAAUACCCGAAAAGCAAUCAUGGAAUUUGUUCGAUAUAAUACACAAGACAGAAACGGACAAGAUGGACAAUACGUCUAUAUUUUCUCAUACAUUUAAAGUGACGAUUGAGUCAAAUACAUAUACAGAUGAAAAAUAUGCAUUAUAUGUCAAUUACCAGACAUAUAUACACAAAGAACCAGAGAAUCGAAUAAAAAAAAAAGGAUUUAUUCGAUUUCUGUGCGAUACGCCUUUAAAAUUUGAUUCAAAAACAGGAUGUGGAACUUUUCAUCAAUGUUAUAGACUUGAUGGAAAAUUAAUUGCUAUGGGAGUGAUUGAUAUUUUACCAGGAGGAAUUUCUAGUGUCUAUUUCAUGUAUGAAAGUAAUAUGCAAAAUCUAUGCCUAGGAAAAAUAAGUGCAUGUCAAGAAAUAUGUUUAGUACGAGAAAGAAAAUGUCAGUUUUAUUAUAUGGGAUAUUAUAUCCAUAACCAUCAAAAAAUGAAAUAUAAGGGAGAAUACCAUCCAAGUGAGUUGUUAGAUCCUGAAACAUAUGAAUGGAUACCACUGAAAAGAUAUCUAGAGCAUUGGAAACUAGGUGGGUCAUUAUAUAUCUCAUUUCAUACUUUAGAGCCAACACCAAACAUAUUAUCGCCUAUAUGCAAUGUUUCCUAUAUAGAUUCAUUACAUAUCAAGACUUUAGAAAACAAAGCAACAAAACAUUUACAAAAGUAUAAAAAUAGUCUUCUUAAUUAUGACGUCCCAGGUAUUUUAAAGGAAAAGGACAUUCAAAACCUCAAUCUUGAAGAAAUACAUGUUUUCGAAGAUAUGACAAUUGUGCCUGUAAGCCAAUCGAGAUAUUAUAAAACUCAAGAAAAUGUUAGGCAAAUGAUUGUGGAAAGCGUUUCUGCAGUAGGAAUAGAAUUAGCCAAAAAAUUAUGUUUUAUAAUCGAUAUAUAAGAUUCUUAUUUAAACCUUAAAUAUGAAUUUUUAGACUUGUAAUAUUAUUUCUUUAACAUUGUUUCAAUUUUCUCAUGCAAUGGCGAUAAAUUGAUUAUACGAGGAUCUGCUAAUCUAGGAACUGGUGUUUCUACAUUAUUAUCGAGAACAGUUCCUUGAAAUUUUUCCUUAAUAUGUUUCUGCAUUAAUUCUAGUCAUUUAAUUAAAAGC